GCUAGGAAAAGGACAGACCAAAGUACGUCAAGGGAAAAAGAAGGGGAAAAAUUACUCCACUGUGUUAACAUGUCUACGAGGAUAAUAACCGGAUCCAUUUUCUGUAGGAUGCUUACAGCAUGUUAUUGUCUGUUGUGGAAUUAUCCAGUCAACAGUUGCAAGAAGUGAAAUUCGUCCAUCACAGUACGUUGCAAGAAACUACGAUUGUGUCCAAGCCAGGAGAGUCUGAGUUGUUGUUAUCCUUGAUGAAAUCUAGUCUCCUUCACCUGGAGGACAUUGUUGUAAAACAAUCAUCCAACAUUUCCACCACUAUCCCAAGUUGUACAUUACCUUCCCGCAUUGCAUCUAUACCUAAAACAGCAGUUAGACCUCCCACUCCCACCAACCCUGUCAAAGAUACACCACAUCCUUCAUCCAGAAGCCAAUCUCCGAUUCUACCUUCAAAAAAACCACCGCCCAUUCCUCCCAAACCGACCAAUAUUCGGAAACCUGCUAUUCCUCCCAAACCAUCACGCUUACCCUUGGUGGCCUCGCCACCAUCCACCAUUGAUUUGCGCUCUGAUCCAUCCCCCAAAUCCGUGCUUCUCACAACCACGCCUACCCUAUCCACUUCUCUUCGGCGUCCCAAUCGACACAGAGGAAACUCUGUCAGUUUUGCAGAGCAAACGAGCGAUCACGAAAUAUCCGAUGAUUGGGAUGAAGACUCAGAUAACGAGGACGAUCGUGAUGCUGUGGAUGAUGAAGAUGAAGAAGACGACGAUGAUGACGAAAUUAUUGACUUCGAGCAACAACAAAUCAACGUACGUAUACCGCCACCUUUGCCUAUCACGCAGCGCCGAAAUCAGACUCAACCGAGCUUAUCGCGUGCACGACCUCAUACAAUGUCCGAAUCCCACUACCCGACCUCCGCUUCUUAUGAUACCCGUCAUUGUUCCCUGAUAGAGCCAAAUGAAAACCCUGAUACCAUUCCCAACCUUGAUAUUUUUGCCGAUGCCGUGAUUGAUCCAUCCCGACUGGUGCCUGCUCAAACAAGUACAGGCGAUACGCUUGCACUGCCAAGUUCGACUCAAAUCACCGACUAUGUCCCCAAUAUUCCUAUCCCGCCAUUAUUGACCACCCAUCGUCGUUUGCAACAUCGUUUGGAUGAGCUGGACACAACACUCAACGAACUCAAAUCGACGAAGCGAUCAUUGGCACUCAGUAAUGGACAAAAACGAUCGGUUAACCGUCGGAAAGAAGAGGACGAGAUCGAUGUCAAGAUGUUGCAAAAGACCGCGUGCAUCGCUGAUACUCGCGAAAUUUUGAACAAGGUGCGAACGCUCUACAUGAGUGCAGCCACUGUGCCGAGUGUCAUGCAAUUCCCACCGCACUUGGUAGCCUACCAGCUGACGCUGAUUGAAUCGGCCAUUUUCCGCGAUAUCCCUGCCAACGCAUUACUGUCACAUUCGGCCAAAACACCGCACCCCAAGAUCGUCGCUUCCACGGAUUUCUUCAACUACAUCACACGUGCAAUCGAGCAUUCCAUUUUGUUACCGCAAGAAGCUUCCCGACGUGCCGAACUGAUCAAUCGUUGGAUCAAGUUGGCAUCCAAGUGUUUGGCCCUGAAUAACUAUCAGACCCUGAAAGCGAUCGUUUCUGCUCUAGGAACUCCACCCGUGCAGCGUCUGCGACGAACGUGGGACUGUAUUCCAAAGAAACGGAUGGGUCGCUUGGAGUUUUUGAACGUGCUGAUGUCGGAAACAGACAACUACGGUCGUUACCGAGAACACAUGGAACUCGAGAGCAACAAACGGUGGCAUAAGCCUGUGGUACCAUUUUUGGGAAUAUUCAUUCAUGACAUGACCUACCUGCUGGUUGCUGCCAAAGGAUUGGGCGAAGGUGACGGCAGGGUUCAGGAGUUAAUGCAAAAGAUCCAAGCUUUUCAAGAGACCCCAGACUACCCUGCGCGACCUCCAACCUCUUACAUCAAAGCGUCCACCAAACAUUCGUUUCGUCCUACAGCAAUUACAAAUGCUCUUCAUCGCAACUCUUCAGCGAAAAAUCGAACCAGCAAUCACGCGUUAUUUGGUAUUGACAGCGACUAUCCAGAAAAGGGGAUCGAGUUGGAGCAACAGUUGAUCACUCAGUACAUCCUGAUGCGGCCAUGGGUCAAUGAAAAGAUUAUUGACGAACUCAGUGUACUUCGUGAACCGCCCAAACCGCGUUCGGGAUCCUCGCCCGCAUUUUCCAGAGUGAACAGUGUCAACCACAAUAGCCCUUUGACUGGAGCCAAUGGGAAUGGGGGUGGUAGUAAUGGAAGCUCGUAUGCCAGCUCAAUCCUCAGUAACGCAAGUUCAAUCGUACGCCUAAGCACCAGUACUCAGAGCUCCUUGCACCUCAGCGCAGAUGAUCCAUCCAACGGAAACGAGGAAUCGAAACAGCGUAGCGGAUUCUGGCCUUUUAGUCGCAAGAGCUCAGAAAUGAAUCGUCCGUCUGUUUCCUCUGACAUUGAUCUCGAUCGCCAUGCCAGUUCCAUAUGGAGUGACGACGGUGAUGAAGAGGACGAUGAACCUGGAGAUCAUACCAGCGCGGAAUUAUAUCCCCAUAGGGUUCCACCUCAGCCGCGUACGUCGCACUCGAUUUCGAGCCGUCGUCCAAGCACAACAAAAUCUUUAUUGGGACAUACGCGCAGUUUUUCAUUACCAUCCAACCGGCCAGCGGUAUUGGCCGAAGCAAGUCAUUCUUUGAGGGGGAGCAAGCGCGGCUGACAAUAACUUCCCUUCCGUCAUUCUAGCCAACCAUUUUUGUCAAAGGAUUAAAAUUUUUUGGAUA